AAAGCAACCUUUCGGAAAGCUAAGCGCGACGCGUGGCAAAGCAAAGCCGGAGCUCUUCAGCAACUGGUGGGGAGAGUGAUGGUGCUGGAAGAAGUUGACUUAAGAUGAGGUGGACUGCCUGGCUGUCCGUGCUUGCACUAUGGCCAAGUGAAACUCACACGUUCAAGGUGCCAGCAUUUCUGAACUGCAAUGGCCCCAGCUUCGAUCCGGCAUGGGCUGUCUUUCAGGAGGCGGUGAUCGUCAACGCGCGGGCCGGGUAUCCGAGAAACGAGACGCUGCGAAAGAUGGCCGUGGAGCUGAUCUCGAAUCAUGAGGAAGGCAUGGUCUUGGGUGCGAGAGCAUGGGUGGUACACCUUCGAAGCGCCGCCACGGGUGAUAUCUGGAAACUCAGGUCACAAGCAGAGGACAAUACGAGCCAAGCAACAGUCUUCAGUAUGCCAACUGAUGGAGGUUUGCCGUCUUUCUUGCCCUUCAAUGCUACGGCUCGAGAUCAGGCCAUGGACCCCAUGGGCUUUUGCCUCUACGGCUACGUUCAUGCGCUCUUCAUCGAGUUUCGACACACGGUGCCUCUUGAUGACGGACACGGGUUGACAACGGGUGAUCCGCGGCUUGCAACCUGCCAUGCUCGACGUCCUUUGCUCCAAGUUGCUGAACAACUGCUGGGCGGAGAGACAUGCGAGACCGACUUCAUGGACAGCUCAGACUGGCCAUUGAGUUCGCUGGAUUUGUAUCUAAGUCUUCAUUCUACCCUUGAUCAUCGGGCUUCCUCUGAUUGCCACGUGCUGUUCAACAUGGAUACCAAACCAAGAUUGCCGCAGGCAAACUGGUUUCCGACCAGUGCUCUCCAGCUGCAGCUUCCGCUGGUGUCGCUGCAAAUUGCGGCCAUGGGCUUGCACGUUGCCAGCACGUUGGAGCCAGUAUUUGCAUUGCGUGAUGCCAUCGGCAAAGCUGGCCAUGACAGCAGUAUGCUUGCCGUAUCAUAUUUUGGCCACCCGUGCUAUGGGCGGCCGGGAGACACAACACUGAAACACGCUUGCAUUUACAAGUGUCAGAUGCUGGGGGCACCUUGUGGAGACGAUGCGCUAGCCGAGCUGCUGAAGAGCAUGUUCAACAGCUCCGGAUUGUAUGAGGAGGUGGACUGGUCUGUGCAAGAUGCGUUGGCCAUCCUCGGCGGGGUUUGGCAAGAACCAGCCCUUGCUCAUGCAGAUCUGAUCGUGUGUUCUGGCCCUUUGGCAUUAUGCUACCUCGUGGACGUCUUGGCACCGUCGACUUCCAUGGUCAUGACGCUGUGCUCUCAGCUACUGUGGGCAGCUCCGCCCAGUGAGAACUUCGGCGCCAUGUUGCUUGGCCAGGUUCGGAUGAUGUCGCAGAGCCCAAGGCGGGUACUAGUAGCCUGCAACAUAUUUGCAGCUGCUCAGUGCCUCUACCAGACGGGUGUGGAGGUGCCAGUCGUUGAGCGUGUCGCCCAUUAUCUUCCACCUGGAGUUGCCUGGGGCAAUGAUAUGCGGUGGAAGGAGGUGUUGGUUCUCCGUGCGCGGUAUUGGCACCGACUCCCUGGGCAAUAUUUCAUGGACGUGCUGGAGGCCUUUUUGAGGCUCAACGAGUUCAGUCACAACUUCACCUUCGUCAUGGCGGCCUCCUUUGGCCCCGACGAGCUGCCGUCACGGGAAAUCGCUCGAUAUCGCGCAGCGGUGCUGGUUCCGAACGAUCUGACAGUGUUCGCAUUUGUGGAGGUCUAUGCGUUGGGUGUGCCUUUGUUUGUACCCAAGCCAAGCUGGCUGUACCGCCUGCGACGAGCAGUGCCUUUUGGAUUUCUUCAACAUUCCAUGGCGUUGCCUGACAUCACCGGUAUCCAUGCCAACUUUGAGUACCCGCCCUUCCUCUCUGCCAAGAGAGGCCCAGACGACCUCAUGAAGUUUUUGCACUGGCAACAGACUUCUGAGCUUCAUAGCAGACCGCACGUUCAGCAAUUCGGCAGUAUUCCUGAAUUGCUGGAUCUGACAUCGUCGGCGGACUUGCAGCAAAUUCACAAAGGGAUGCGGGAACACAUGCUGAAGCUGCGGGACGAAGCUGCAGCAUUCUGGAGCACAGUGUUACAACGACUCUUCAGUGUGCCUCAGGUGCCUCAGGUGCCUCAGGUGCCUCAGGUGCCUCAGGUGCCUCAGGUGCCUCAGGUGUCUAGCAGGUCUUUCGACAUCCCCAGGAACCAAGAGGACCAGCACCAGGAGCUGCCGACCUCGGCCAAUCUCACUGAGCUACGGAUGGCCUUAGACUGCACUUCGCCCGAGCACGGGGCAUGGAAUGCUUUUCGCCGUGCGUUUCAGAACAAUGCACUGGCUGGCUUUGCGGUGGACUGGCAACUCCAGGCCAUGGCCACGGCCUUGUGGGACGCCGUUCGUGGAGAGCCUGAUCACUUUGCUGCUGCUUCAGCACUCUUCCAUCAGGUACUCACUGGGGCUGCAAGUCCUACCUUCGUGAUCAACUCUCGUCAUUGCCAUUUUGGUUUGGUGGCUGCACUGUUCGUGCUUCAGCGGCAUAACCUGCACUUGCCCGACAGAGGGCAUGCUUUGCUGGCGUUGCAACUGCUCGGGGGCUUUGCCGCCUUGGACUUCUUGGAGGAUUCUUCCUGGCCACUAUCCUCCUUGGACAUCGCCACACUUCUGGCUUCAACGCAAUCUUGUGCGGAUGGUGGACCCUGCAUGUCCUGCGGAGAGAGCGGUCGACUGCGUCACGUUCUGGAGAGCAGUGUGCCGUGGACUAUUCGCGCGGCGGCAGUGCCGGUACCGUCGGCGGAGCUGCACGAAGGCAAGUGGAAGGUGGCCAUCGUGGGAGCUCAUCCCAGCCUGUGUGCCGACAUUGGCGCGGCAGUCGAUUCAGCUUUGGAUGGCCGUACUGAGCAACAGUAUUAUGGUUUGAGCUGCCCCGAUCAUCACGCGGCGUCUCAUCAUUGCCGUUUUCGGUGUGAAGUGCUUGGCCACUGCUCGGACGACGCAAUUUUUACUGCAAUCCUGGGGAAGAUGCUGAAUUGGGCGGAGUUCGCUGAAACACCCUUUGACAAGGAGGCUCUUAUGAAAGAGCUCCAGCUCAUAGUGUCAUCGGAUAGAUUUCUUCCUCAUGCCAGCCUACAAGUUUGUACUGGGCCGUAUAUUCUUUGCCACAUGCUUCAAGAAACCUCGCAGAUGCCCCUCUUGAUUUAUCUAGGUUUGGCCAUGACCUAUUUGGCACCAGCUGAUUCCGUGGAAGAGCUGCUGUGGUCAGCGCGAUCCAUUGCCGGAUCUUUCCGCUUUGGGGAUGGUCCAUCACAAGGUCAAGCAAAGUCUGCUCAUCAAAGACGCUCCGCACUAGUCGUGACGGACUUGGUCAGAGCCGCGCAGAUCCACCACGCCAUAGGGAUAUGGGUUCCUGCCGUUCCACCGCUUUCCUUGUACCAGAAAGACUUGGCACGUCAAGGUUCCAGAAACCACAAGCGAAUUUCAGCCAUCGCACUGCGGCCAGAACUAUGGCGUCGGGCAGCCUUUGGUCCUGCCUUCCGUGGCUUGCUUCGACAAAUGAGCGACGACACCCUGAUCGCGUUUCAAACACACUACCUGCCCAUGAGAACUAUACUCUCCUAUGAUGCUGCAGUGCUUGUUCCGUGGGACAACGAUGUCAUGUCCUUCUAUGAGCUCUACCAUGCAGCCAUGCCGCUUCUGCUUCCGGACCCGAAGCUUAUGACCAAAUGGCUGCCAUCGGUUCGUUGGGGAUCGCUGGAGUACCAGCAUGGCCAGGUUCCAGCUUGUUUGGUACAGGCACAGGGCCAAGCCCAAACCGCCGCCUGGAUGAACCAGUCGACCCUGGCCAGCGCUCUGGAGGGUGAUGCGAUCGACUGGAUUGCGGCAACGGACUACUACAGAUUUCCGCAUGUGAUGCUCUUUCAGUCCGUUGCAUCCCUGCUGGCCCGGUUGCGCAGCCUGCCUGCUGCUAGUGCGCAGAGAAUUGCCAGCCAACAAAUCAGAGCCCAAGCUUUGGCUUUCCAUCGACAAGUUUUGGUGCACUUGUUGGGCGAGGCGUCCUUUGGACCAGGCACUGCAAAACCACAUGCGCCAAAGAGCAGCUGGCAUCAGAUGCCCCGUGGUGGUACCUGCAAGACUGGCUUCAUUGCCCAAGCUGACUUUCCGAAGGCUGAGAAGGAGACUUCGGUGCAAGUGGGGCUUCGACACUGCUUUCAACUUUGUGAUGAAACCGCUGGUUGUGUGGUGGCUGUCUUCAACGGUCUUACCUGUAUGGUCUAUGACGAAUCAUGCGACGUCACAGAUCUUCGUCGUGAAGGCGAUCGCGGUGGUUACGUGGCCUGGAAGCGCCCCUGACGCAUUGUUCCAGUUCCUCCACAUCGGUGCGACAGCGCCAGUGCCAGAAAUCGCAGAACAGCAAGUACACCGCUCUGGAGAUCUCCAACACUGGAAGGUCAACUGCCCUGCGAAUCCUGCUGAUCAGCUUCUUGACGCAACUCAAGCAGAACGUACACCAGCAACAUGGACCCCGAACAAUCUCGAAUCCGAAAACUCGACAAGAAAAG